AUGUCGAGCGCUGAUAUUGGAUGUGCAGAAUUUUGUGCCCAGACUUGGUACGUGGAAAACGAGCUUAUCGCCCUCAUUCCUUGCAGCGAGAUGGGCAUGCUUGAUGCCCCUAUGCCCGCCGCUGCUAUAGCCAAGAACAUCGGAUGCCCUGCUAUCUAUAUCCCCCCGGCUAAGUUUGACGUGUUGACUGAUGGGGGGUUCAAAUCUGAGCGGAAGGCUUUCGUAAUGCCCGCAAAAAGAAAAUCGGCCGGGGGCGCGGCUGCUGCAACCAAAGCCUUGAAGCGGCCGCCCGCCAUUCCAGAGUAUGUGGCGAAGAUCACUGACUGGUUCCGGACCGACAGCAAUAUUCCAGGAUUUGAGAAGAUUGCCAUGAUGAAGCCAGAUUCAGCCUUCCUCGAGGCUGAGGCGGAAGAGGAAAUUGACAGUCAACUGCCACCCGAUUGUCCUGAUGCCAUCUCGCCCUUCAGCAUUGGAUACGUGAAAGGAUGGAGACGCAGCGUUUGCUGCUUGAUCGGGCUGGCAGGCAUCAAGGAGUUGGAGAUCUCGCUGGACGAUUUGGAUGGCGCCUUCAAGGAUUGGGACGACGCGACCAAAAUCCAGAGAGCAUUCCAGAUUGGAGAGAAGGAAGCGAAAGCCGUCUCAAAUUUGCAGCACCGUGUAUCUCCGUCGUUCCUCGCGGAAUUGCGUGAGAGUGUGCGACUUCGCGGGAUGCGUGCUUGGAUGGGGCACGAUGUCAUUGGGAAAGACAUGUUCAACCAGGGAUGGUCUUCAGGUACAGGCACGUAUGAAAGCUGGCGAGAUGCUUUGACGAAUUCCACUGAUGAUGCGUUGGAAUUCUGGCUUUGCUUAAUCUUACAGGUUCUGAUCUUGGUAAAAUUUGGUGUUCUUUUCGGAUCCCAGAAUGGAACCCCCGACGACCCGAUAUUUUUGGAGUUUAAGGUCGAGCUUGUCCUUGGCCGGCUGCGAGAUGAUUGGGACAAGUUGAUGCCGCAAAUGCGUAAACAAUGGUCUUUCCGUGAUGCUUCGGCCAUUCAUGCUCUAUGUGGCGGGUUCUUGGCUGUUGUCAAAGAGCUCCAGCGGAAGGUGCCGGCGGCUGACUUCAAGGAUGCAGAGGACAAGCUCUACGGGCAAUUCAGAACGGGUUACCUAGAUCCUGAGCUUGAGAACAUGCUGUCCACAGCUGUGCCACCUCCAAGCCUGAGCGACUUGUCCUUCACUAGGGUUAUUGUGGCCGCAGUUGACCAGCGUGUGCAGAACGACCUUGAGCAGCAGGAAAAGGAACUCUCAGAGAAGCUCCACAAUGCGACUGUGGAACAGAUCACAUUGAAAGUGAACACGGACAUCGAUGCUCUUAAGCAGCGGAUCCCCACCAAAGAAGUCGAAGCAGUCGAGGCAGCUAAAGAUCAACGCUAUCUCAAAGAGCGCCAAUUGAAGCUCAUAGUGCAAUUAGUUCUCAUCUACUUCACUUUGAAAGGGCAGGCGUACACGAAGGAUUGGCUGGAGGCGAAUUGCAAAAUGUUCAAGGUGUCUGAGGAUACACUCCCGAACUGUGUGGCCGAGUUUGCGCGGUUUACCAAUCGGUUUACUUUGGUGACCUUCGACGCAACCGUGUGGCCCAGCAAUGCCUUGUUCAUGUCCAAGUGCCUUGAAGUGUUUUCCCAAUCUGUUUCUAUGACAACCUUGUCGAUGGGGCUGGUCCUCCUUCCAGUUCUUCACGCUCAAACAACUCCUGCAGCCCUUGUGAAACACACAAGAGCUAUGACGGAUUUCUUCAUGAAGUCGGGCCUGGACGUGACCCAGCAGAUCACCGUCAGCUAUGACAAACAAUCCAGCAUGGCCAACGAUAAGAGAAAGGCUUAUCAAACGGCGAUGCUUGUCACUACGGCAUCAAAUCAAGAUGACAACCCAUGGACCGCUUGCAAAGUCUUCAAAUCGGGAACAUUGGGGCCGAUUCCCCUCAUCAAAAUCGCUGACAUGGCCGGGUACGACAGUGACAAUCGCCCGGGUGCUGCUGCGCGAGUGGAGCAGAAAGGCGUUCCCGCCUUCAAGCAGGUGUUGAAGGAGAUGUUCAUGGGGAUGGAUUUCCGCCAGGAGGAUCUGGUCCUUGUGUUCGAUGUGCUUCCGAACAAGCAUGCAGAGCUAUGCCGUGCUAUCACCCAGAAAGUACUGCGCGAAUCUUCAGCGGCGCCUCGAUUGGUGUACUUCGGGGUUCUCAAGGACCACAAGGAAACCGUCGCAGAUGUUGAGAACAUGGUCUAUUCUCAUUGGGAUGGGCUGGCUGAUAGCCCUCCGAAGCAAAGGCCGCAGGAAGCGAAGCCCGAUCCGAUUUUGAACCUUUUGACGUGA